CCUUUUUCGAAACCUACUGAAAAAGAUAUCUUAUUCUGUCUUUAAGUGACCAUCCAAGCUGCAAAAUCAAGAUCUAAAAGAGAAUGGAAGAUCUAAAACUGCUACGAAAACUGAAAGAAAAAGGAGCAAUAGACAUUUUGCAUCAGCUAAAAGCGUUAUUUCCUCCAGCAAACCACUUUACAAUCCUGCCAAAUGAGCUGCUUACAGAGAUAUGCUUAAGGCUGGCCGAAAUCUCUCCUCUUACCCUCCUAAGCUGGCAGCUCACUUGUUCUCGCCAUCAGGACAUGAUCAAGUCGAACCCUCAAGUUUGGGAGCAUGCCCUUCGUUUUCAUUAUCCUCAAGUCCAAGUAAUAGGCCCCCAUAACGCUGAGCAACAAUUUAUGAGAGCUUACUUAUGGGCUAGUAACAAGCAAUGGUCGUUUGACCUAAAGCCCAGACAUAUGGGAGUCUGGAACAUGAAUCAAGUCAUGCAUUUUCAUCAGCAAGUUCCAAAAUCCAAGUCGUUGGAGAAGUGCAGGGAAAAGCUCGAUUUUCAAAUCCACGAGAGUUUUGAAGUCUUUGGCCAUAGUGUGGUAUCCUGUGGAGUUAUGCCUUACGAAUACUCAGUCCCUAUUCCCAACACUAGUCUUUGUGCUCAUGUUUGCCGACCCUUUCGUAUCCAGCACAGAAAUCAAGGCGGAUCAAACCGUGUUCUUAGUCUUGCCGACAUGCACUCUAAUACGAUAUUCUACCCUGGCGAACAGCAUACGGAUUUGAUUUCUGAUGUAGCGUUGGGUCAAAAUACCCUAGUUACAAGCUCCGUGGAUGGCAGUGUGAAGGUUUGGGAUAUCUGCCCUUCAACCCUAGAACCACUACAGCUUCGCCACACGUUGAAUGGUCAUGAUGGAUGGGUCAACGCCAUAGAUAUAGCUGGAGAUACCAUUGUCAGCGGAGGAGCUGAUUACAAAGCUAAUUUUUGGAAUAUCACAACUGGUAAACUUCGUAAAACGUUCAGUGCGGUUUUUGCGGACUUUGGGUUUGGAGUCUGCUCAGUGUGUCUAGAUGGUGAGCGCAAGCUCUUUGGUUGUGGAUCUGUAUUCGGACCAUACUACGUUUACCAUACAGACGGGGAUCAGCUCUUGCUUACUUUGGAUGAACCAUUAACCUACAGCCAGUACACUGAUUUCGUGAGCUUCAAGCAUCAAGAAUAUGCGAGCAUUAUUAAAUUCACAAGUUCGACGAUUGUCACCACUUCCAGGGUGAAUGAUCAAAUAUGCGUUUGGGAUCUACAAAGUGGCCAUCUCCUACAUCGACUUGAAGCUGGCGGUAACAUCCACGACUUUAGAAUCUCACUUGACAAAGAAAUACUCAUGUGCAGUCUAUGCAAUGGCUCUAUGAGGCUAUGGGCAACCAAGCAAAGUAAACAGCCCUGGAAACGAAAUGUUUCAAAGAAAAGAGGUACUGGACAUGGUAUCACCUGGGUUUACUACGGCGAUGCUGACGAAGGUACGCUUUGCCUAAUAUGAUGCAAAGCGUAUGGUAUGGUUAAUGAUCAGAAUAACAGCAUGCUCUAUAAAAGCGUACAAGUCU